AUGGAACUGAAACCGUUACUAAGGCGGGUGGGCUCGAUAGUCCGUGCCAUCCUGACAUUCCUCUUUGCCCUGGUGGUGCUGGGGGUGAUGGUGUGGGCCUAUGUUCAGGGCUUCCAGCUGGCCACCUCCCCAUACGGCAUCAUCUCUUUUGGGUUCUAUGGCCUCCUGCUGGGGCUCCACGUCCUGGUCCAGAGCUUUUUCGCCUUCGUGGAGCACUGCCGCAUGAGGGCCCGAAGCAAGGCCUGCACAUUCACCAAGACCAUCGGUUUCACUAUCUCAGCCUACCAGGAGGACCCAGAAUACCUGCGUGAGUGCCUCAACUCCAUUCGGGCCCUCAAAUACCCUCCAGAGCUGCUGCGGAUCAUCAUGGUGGUGGAUGGGAACUCAGAGGACGACCUCUACAUGCUGGAGAUGUUCAGGGAGGUGUUUGCAGACCAGGACCCUGGCUGUUACGUGUGGAGGAAUAACUACCACACAUGGGACCCCACCCAGACCCAGGAGGGGGGCAUCCCUGGGGUGAUAGGCCCUGCCGGGGAUGCUAGUUAUGGGCUGGGAGAGGACCCCCAGAGGAGGGAGGUGGAGGAUCUGAUCAACAGCAGGAGGUGUGUGUGCAUCAUGCAGAAGUGGGGUGGAAAGAGGGAGGUGAUGUACACAGCUUUCAAGGCACUGGGACUGUCGGUGGACUACAUACAGGUGUGUGACUCUGACACCAAGCUAGACCCCCUGGCUACGGUGGAGCUGUGUAAGGUUCUGGAAAGUAACCAGAAGUACGGGGCGGUGGGAGGAGACGUGAUGAUCCUCAAUCUCAAGGAAUCCUACAUCAGCUUCAUGAGCAGCCUGCGCUACUGGAUGGCGUUUAACAUCGAGAGGUCCUGCCAGUCCUUCUUCAACUGUGUCUCCUGCAUCAGUGGCCCCCUGGGUUUGUACAGGAAUGACCUCCUCCAGCAGUUCUUAGAGUCCUGGUACAACCAGAAGUUCCUGGGGACUCACUGUACAUUUGGGGAUGACAGACAUCUCACCAACCGCAUGCUCAGCAUGGGCUAUGCCACCAAAUACACGGCCCGCUCCAAGUGUUACACGGAGACGCCAGGCCAGUUCCUCCGGUGGCUCAACCAGCAGACGCGCUGGACCAAAUCUUACUUUCGCGAGUGGCUCUACAAUGCCAUGUGGUGGCACAAGCACCACCUGUGGAUGACCUACGAGUCCAUCGUCUCUGGUGUCUUCCCCUUCUUCGUCACGGCCACCAUCAUCCAGCUGUUCUGGACAGGCACCCUGUGGGACAUCCUCUGGGUCCUCUGCUGCAUCCAGCUCAUCGGCCUGAUCAAAGCAGCCUAUGCCUGCAUCCUGCGCCGUGACCUGGUCAUGGUGUUCAUGUCUCUCUACUCUGCCCUCUACAUGACCAGCCUGCUGCCCGCCAAGUACUUUGCCAUCAUCACUAUGAACAAGAGCAGCUGGGGCACGUCAGGCCGCCGCAAGAUGGUUGGGAACUACAUCCCCCUGCUGCCUCUGUCGGUGUGGGCGGCCAUCUUGCUGGGCGGGUCCUGCUACACCAUCUACAAAGAGAGCCAGAAGGGCUGGUUCACGCCGGCUAAGGUCCUAGAGACCAGGUUUCUGAUCUACGGCUGUGUGGCGUACGUCUGCUACUGGUUCCUCAUGAUCUUCCUCUACUGGGUGUGGUUCCGCAGGCUGUGUAGGAAACGCUCCCAAAGUUAUGACGUAAGCGUAUAG